AUGCCUCUCUACGCCUCCAAAUCAGCCUUCCUCGCUUCGGACAUGAAAGCGUGUCCCAUGCAGCCCUCCGACCCCUCCUGUCCUAUCUGCCGCGAGGAUCUCCAGCCUCAGGAGUCAGAAGCCUUAUCCGCGAGCCCUUCAAGCGAAGUCGCACAGAACGGUAACCCCAUUACGAACGGUUCCGCCCAUGACCAUGGCACCACCGCCGUCAACAGCGCACCCGCUGAACCGAACGAAGAUCACUCCCCCGUCAAGGUCACCUGCUGCAACAACAUCUUCGGCCGCAAUUGUCUAGAAACUUGGCUCACCAGGGGAAACAGCUGUCCAUUCUGUCGCGCCGAGUUUUUCCCCUUGCAGACCGCACCAACCCGACUGACAUUCGAAUGGUUUGCUCGGGCCAUGGGGACAGCAGGAGCUCGAACCGACGCGAGGUUGGAGGCAGCGAGAGCUCGAUACACAGAGGGCAUGGAGGCGGCGCAUAUUCGAUAUGCAGAGAGCAUAGAGGCUGCGACACGUCGCAUUACAGUCACACGUAGAAGGGACCUGCGCACGCUUGAGGCUCUGCAUAGGGCGGCGGACCCGGAUUCGGAAUUGGCGGACCAGGAUGACGCUGAGGAUGAGUCUGAGUUGUCCUUCGAGACCGAGUCGGAGGAUGAUUUUGAUUUAAUGCCCGAGCUAGAGUCGGAGGAUGAAAGCGAAGGGUACCACUCGGAGUCUGGGUCUGUUAUGAGCGAAGAUGAGGAUGACGAGUCUGAGUUUGAAGAUGAAGAUGAAGAUAGCGGUGAUGAGGACGGUGGGGGCGGUGGACCCCCGGAAGGACCUGGAUCUGGAGGCGCGGUUUGUGUUGGGUGCGCUCAUACAGGUGCUUCAGUGCGAGCCUAG